AUGAUGACUUACGAUGAAAUAAUGCCCCACAAGAAGAACAAACUGGAAGGGAAAAAUAAGAAAAAGUGGGGCACGUGGAAAUGUAGCAAAUGCAGUGAAGUGUUUUCGACCAGUAGCCUUCUUAAGAAGCAUCGAAAAGUUCACGUAAAACCAAAAUACGACGACAUUCGGUACAGUUACAACUUCGACGUUUCUCGAAACAUUUACAACUGCGUGACAUGUGAUUACGAAUGCGAAACGGAAGAGGAAAUACAAAAACACGCGAUCACUCAUAAUGAGCACUUCACAUGUAAAAUGUGCAAUAAAAAAUUCUACGAACCUUACAAAUACGCCACUCACGUAAACACGCAUACGGGCGAUGAAAAUUUCAAAUGCCCCCUUUGUCUGACGUACGAAACGCCCAGGCGAGUUUACCUCCAUUCGCACAUAAAAACGUUACAUUUGCGGCUGUACCAUUACCGAUGCGCCACCUGUGGUAAAGGUUUCAACGACACAGUUCAAUUCAGAGAACACAAAAAUGUUCACGAAGGUAUAAGACCGUUCAAGUGCGUCGUGUGCGGCAAAGAUUUUCCCUUUUCGAUUUACCUCACGACGCACCAACAACGAUGUCACAAAGUCACAAUUGACGGGGUCAUUGGUACCACGCAAUGCUGUAUCUGCUUGCGUAGAUACGCCAACGUGCGCACCUAUGAGAAGCACAUGAAAAAACACGAAAACGACGACAAGAAAAAGAAGAAACCGGAAAAACGACAUUUGUGCGACAUUUGUGGUAAAGGAUACGCAGUUAAAGAGAAGCUUGUCAUACAUUAUCGCACUCAUACUGGUGACAAGCCUUUCACAUGUUCGUACUGCCCAAAAAGAUUUACCAAGCGCGAUUAUUUAGUAAUGCACGAAAGGGUUCAUAGCGGCGAGAAACCGCUGUCGUCAAUGAUAAAAAGUGAGUCUUCCUGCGACGAAUCGUGGAUACCAUUGAGUAUAAAACGGGAAAAACAAAAAAGGAGAAGGAAGUCCCCAAAAAUCUGGAGCUGUGCCAAAUGCAACGCGAAAUUUGAUAAGAGCACCCAAUUUCGCGACCAUCGGAAGGUACACAAAAAGCCAGUGUAUGACGAUUCACAAUACAGCUACACGUACGAUCCUGUAAAGGAAACCUACAACUGCGUGACGUGCGACUUGGAAGUACCUUCCAAAAUCGAAAUCCAACAACAUGUUAAAAGCCAUAAAGAACAUUUUACCUGUGACAUUUGUAAUUUACAAUUCGACGAACCGUACAAGUACGCUAAACAUAGCAUCAUCCACUCGGACGACAAAACCUUCAAAUGCCCGAUGUGCGAAUCGUUUAAGACCAAAGCUCGGACUUCGUUACUCGCCCAUAUCAACACGUUCCACCUUCACAGAUAUUUCUACAGGUGCACCACGUGCGGCAAAGGUUUCAACGAUUGCGUCCAGUUCAAAGAACACAAGAACGUGCACGACGGGGUGAAACCUUUCAAGUGCGUCGUUUGCGAGAAAGAUUUUACAUUCUCAAAUUACUUAUUCGCCCAUCAAGUGAGAAAUCAUAAGGUUACGAUCGAUGGCGUCAUCGGAACGAAUCAAUGUCACAUGUGUUUACGAAGAUUCGCCAACAUACGGACUUUGCAGAAACACAUGAAGAAACACGAAAACGAAAAGAAGAAGAAGCCCGAGAAGAAACACUUGUGCGAUAUUUGCGGGAAAGGGUACGCAAGAAAAGCGAAGUUCGUAGUUCACUAUCGAAAUCAUACCGGUGAUAAACCUUUCAAGUGUUCUUAUUGCUCCAAACGGUUUACCCAGAAGGAAUACGUCGUGCUUCAUGAACGAGUCCACAGCGGGGAAAAACCUUACGCCUGUGAAUUUUGCGGGAAGUGCUUCAAUCAAGGGGCGCCGCUCAAAGUACAUAUACGAACGCAUACGGGAGAGCGCCCCUUUAACUGUGAAAUUUGCGAUGCUCGAAACGUAACGAUCAAGAAAGAAGAUUCGGAAAACGAAGAUUGGAAACCGCCUACAACUUCUAGGUUCAAAUCUUUGAAAUCGAAUUACAAGUCAAGAUGUAGCAACGAUUGGUCACUGGUUAAAAAGAAACAAACCAGAAUGAGAAGAAUAUGGAAAUGUACCAAGUGUCCCGAAGAGUUCGAUACAAACAGAAAGUUGCGCGUUCAUAGAAAAAUCCAUCAAAAAAACAAAUACGAAGAAACGAAGUACAGCUACAUUUUGGACACGGUAAAAGACAUUUACUGCUGCAUGACUUGUGACGUAGAGUGCACUACAAAAGAAGACAUUCAAAGACACGUGUUGACUCACGAGGAGCAUUACACGUGCGAGAUAUGCAACUUAACAUUUUCCGAACCUUACAAAUACGCAACACACAUGUUCGUUCAUAGUAAAGAUCAUUUCUUCAAGUGUCCGCUUUGCGACUCUUACAAAACCCCGAAGAGAACCUGCUUGUUGUCACACAUCAAUACUUUUCACUUGAAAAGGUUUAUUUACACUUGUUCCACCUGCGGCAAAGGUUUUAACGAUUGCGUCCAGUUCAAAGAGCACAACAACAUUCACCAAGGGAUUCGUCCGUUCCAGUGUAUAGUUUGUGGUAAAGAUUUCCCGUUUUCGGUCUACCUUCACACCCAUCAGGUGCGAAACCACAGGGUUUCGAUCGAUGGCGUCAUCGGUACGAAUCAGUGUUAUGUGUGCAUGCGCAGCUGUGCCAAUCCGCAGACCCUCAAGAGACACAUAAAGAAACACGCAAAAGAGGGCGAAAAGGGCGGUCGCGAAAAGAAGCACUUGUGUGACAUGUGCGGGAAGGGAUUCGCGGUCAAGUACAAGUUGAUUUUACAUUAUCGCACCCAUACGGGGGUGAAACCUUACAGCUGUUCGUACUGUGCGAAGAGCUUCACUAAACGUGACUAUUUAGUAAUGCACGAACGAAUUCACAGCGGGGAAAAACCGUAUUCUUGUGAGUAUUGCGGUAAAUGUUUCAACCAAACCGCCCCUCUCCGGGUGCACAUACGCAGUCAUACGGGAGAACGCCCCUUCGUUUGUCACAUAUGUAACAGUGGGUUUAUUUCGAAGGGCUCUCUUAAUAUUCACAUUAAGCGGUGCACCGGAAAUGAUUACACAGUAUAA